AUGGCAGAUGUAAUGAAGAGUCUUAACCUCCUUGAAAUUCUAAAAGAAUCUAUUGAGAAGAACAACAUUUCAGAAAUAAAGGAUGCUAUUGAAGACCUGUUAAUAAGCCGUAUCAACAUUGCAGUGACUGGUGAGAGAGGGCCAGAGAAAGCAACCUUUAUUAACUCUCUUCACGGGCUUUGUAUUGAUGAAGAAGGGGCAAAUCUAUGUCCCUCAACUGUGGCUCCAAAAGAACUGACUGUAUUUCCAAAUCCCAGGUAUCCAGAUUUUCGCCUAUGGGACCUGCCUGUGAUCUCUGAAGACCAAUCCUUUGACCCUGAAAAUUAUAUUGAUCGUUAUAAAAUCACACGGUAUAAUGCAAUCAUCAUGACCUUCACGCAAACCCCUAACUCAAACACUGUGGCCAUCUGGAGAGAAAUGUGUUCACUGCGGAAAAAAAUAUUGUACUGUAGCUUACUGGCUUCUGAAAAGGAGACUAAGAAAAGCCUGGAGGACAAGAAGAAUGCCUGUGUGAAUGCACUAAAAACUGAAGGAGUAUCUUUGCCCAAAGUUUUUCUCAUCCAUCCAUAUGCCUUGGAAAAGUUUGACUUUCCUAAGCUUCUUGAGAGAAUGCAGAGUGAUCUUCCAGAGAUAAGGGCAUAUUCUCUUCUACUGGCUCUGCCUACCUUUUCUACAACCAUAGUGGCCCAAAAGAAGGAGGCCUUUAAGGCUCUAGGUUGGGCAGCAGCCUCGCUUUCGGGUGGUGUAUCUGCUAUUCCUGUACCUAUGGUAGCCUUUAUGGUGGAUGUCAGCCUGGCUGUACGGAUCCUCACAAAGGUCCAGAUGUCUCUCUGUCUGGAUGAUGAAUCAGUGGAGAGGCUAGCAAGGCAACGAGGUAUUGACUGUGCAAAGCUCAAGGCACUUAGGACCUGCCCACUGUCAGUCGUGGUUAGUAAGAGCGAAGUGAAGAGGCGGCUUGCUGUGGCAGAGAAGGACAACAGCACUGUCAGUACAAGACUGGUGGAACUGGCAAUGCCACGGCAUGCCAGAGCUGUCAGUCGCUCCUUUAAAAUCAUGCUGCAGACCAUAAACUCUGCCAUUGAUGACAUGAGUGCUGAUGCUGAAAGGAUUGUAACUUUUGUAAACGGCAUCUAA